AUGUGCUGUGGCAGCUCCAAAGAUGUGAAGCCGGUUGCAGAGCGAACUCCUCAGAACAUGGGAGGUAUGUUUCGUAACAAGCACUUUCCUAUGUAUCCUGCGGAGUAUGCAGAGGACCGCUUUCGAAGGGCCGAGUACCAGUCGGUAAAGUACAAGAGUAGGUUGAAGAGCCAGCGGAACAUCAAGGGCCUCGAGCCGUUCAAGGGAUUUCCACUGCCCGGCGAGUCCGGUGCCUCAGGGUCAGGAAGCUCAGGACGCUCAUCCCCCGCCCCAGUCAUGUCGGUGUCAAGCAAAGCCCGUGCCUCAGCAAGUCAGUACCCAAACGUACCGCUCGGAAGCAAGCGCCCUUCCAUAGGGCGCUUCGACAGGACCCCUGCCUACGGCUGGGGAAACGGAUUAGAAGCUCCGAAAUGGUCGUCUCAACAUCCUCAUCAAGAAUCGAAACGACAGAGGAGAGCAAUGAAACAUUUCUCAGACUACUUAUAGACUGAGUUUACCUAAACCAUCUCGUCUAAACUACUAUAAGUUUACUCAAGCUCUUUUGUCGCUUAGGAUAAAGAUCCUAAAUUUAAAUCUUGCGUCCGCUUACCCUACCACUUGACCAACAAGAUCAAGCCGAG